GAUUAUAACUUAACUCAUAUGUGCGAUGUGCGAUUAAAAAUCUGAAAUUUCAAUUUUAUUUUUCGUCAUUUUUCCGCUAAUUUUCUGGCUCUGUUUCAGACUACAAUGUUUACAAACUAAAACGCAUGACGUUGCUAAUGCACAGUCCAACAAAAAAGUGAGCUAAACAAUUUCCCUCAAUGAUCACGCCACUGAUAGGAUAUGAACUUUAGACUUACUUCCGUUACUCAUAAGUAAAUUUGUUUUGAACGUGUGGACGCGGUUUGUAGAUGUGUUACAUAUGUGUUUUCACCCCGUGUUUUUUAUUUAAAUAAACAAAAAAGUAUAGUGUUUGUGGAGUGUGCGUGUGUUUUUAACUCGCUUGUUAAAUAAAAGAAAUGAUAUUCAGCAGCAAUGAUAUAAUGACUCCUGCUCAGUUAAAAAGACUGAGUGAACAUAAAUACAACAGUUGUGGCUCUACUCUUUUGGAUCCAGUUUUACAACCCUAUUGGAACUGGUUGGUUACUAAAUUGCCCUUAUGGUUGGCACCUAAUUUAAUGACCAUAAAUGGCCUUAUUAUAACUAUUACAACGACUCUAAUUCUAGUGUAUUACAGUCCAGACGCACAACAAGAGCCACCAAGUUGGGCUUUUGUUUUGUGUGCUGUUGGGCUCUUUGUUUAUCAAUCUCUUGAUGCAUGUGAUGGCAAGCAAGCUCGGCGAACGGGCUCCAGUUCGCCCUUGGGAGAACUGUUUGAUCAUGGUUGCGAUUCAAUAUCCACAGUUUUUGUAUCACUGGGAAUAUGUAUAGCUGUGAAACUUGGAGCGUAUUCAAACUGGAUGUUUUUUCAGUGCUUCAUAGCAAUAACGUUAUUUUACUGUGCUCAUUGGCAAACAUACAUUACAGGAUCCUUAAAGUUUGGAAAGUUUGAUGUUACAGAAUGCCAGUGUAGCAUUGUUAUUGUACACUUUAUAUCUGCUUUCUUUGGAACAGAUAUUUGGAUGAGUAAGGUUCCAGUCAUAAAUGUUGAAUUUCGUCUCUUACCCAUUUUAUUGGCUUUUGGGAUUUCUAUUGUGUUAUGUUACUAUCACAUAGCCGUAGUGUGCAGAGGUGGAGUUGGGAAAAAUGGCUCCACUGUUGCUGGUACAAGUGUUCUUUCUCCAUCCAUUCCUAUAGGCAUAGUUAUUAUUUUGUCAUUCACAAUUUACCAGAAAUCCACAGAAAAUAUUUAUGAAAAUCAUCCAUGUUUAUAUAUCCUAGCAUUUGGCAUAGUGGCUGCAAAAGUUACAAACAAAUUAGUACUUGCUCAUAUGACAAGAAGCGAAUUGGAUUAUUUUGACUCAAUUCUAAUAGGCCCUGGAAUGUUGUUUAUGAAUCAAUAUUUCAACACCUUUAUCAAUGAAUACAUUGUGUUGUGGUUAUGCUUGGUAUACUCCGUUGCGGAUUUAUUGCACUACUGCACGAUAGUUUGUAAUCAGAUAUGCAACCACAUGAAUAUUCAGCUGUUUAGAAUAACACCUAAGGCACAACCAAGUAGGACUGUAGCAUAUAACAAUAUCUCUGCAAACCAGCUGCGGCUUAGUGGCCAUAAAGCGCUAUAAAUAGUUUUGUGUAACAAGAUAUUUGUUCUGUAUAUAUCAAAAUUAUAUUUGUGAAUUUGAAUUACAAGAGGAUUGUGACAAAUUUUCCUUGAAUCCUACCCUAGUGCUUGUUAAGAGAGAAUUAUUUGCUUCAUUGUUAACCUUAUUCUAGUUCUAAUGUACAAGUUUUAAAUGUUAUUUUAAAUGUACAAAUAUGUGUGUUUUGUGAAUAUAUGUUUGAAUAGGUUCAUUUUUAUUUAAUAUUUAAUUUUUGUUGAUGUAAUUAUGUACAGCGAAAUUUCAAUUUCUGUUUUGACUAAGUUGUGGCAUUAGUGAAUGAAAAAGAAUCCCUGUACAAAAGAACAUCGUGGUUAGAAUUAAAUGUAAGUGUAUUUUAUAGUUUUUGCUAGUGAGGUUUGCAAGUACUUUUAAAUUUAUUUAUCUAGUUGUUAAAUUAAACAACUUAAAUAGUUUGUAAGAUAAUGUGUUUGUUGCAUUGAGAUCUCAACAAGCAAAACAACUAGCAAUGCAACAUAAAACUUUCUUGGAUUUGUGACUAAUUUUUUUGUUAUCAUUAUUUAUGUUUAUAUAUUAACUAUACAGUCAAAUUUGCACUGUAAAACCUAAUCAAUUGUACGAAUUAAGAAGCAAAUUAUUUGCUGCAAGCAAAUGAAUGUUUGAAAUUUAAGUAUGAAAUUUAAGCCAAUUUGUAAGAAAUUUUUUACUUAAAUAUAUCAAAAUCAUGAACACUGGAGAGCAAAGGUGUUAACUUGAAUAUUUUGUUUGCUAAAAAUCUAGCAUAUUUUUGUACCUUAAAUAUUUACCAAUUUUAAUAAAAUUUGUUGUAGUCAAUUUUGUGAAACUGUUAUUCUUUAAGAAAUGAAGCAACUGCAUUCAUUAUUUCUUUGCAAAUAAUAAUAUUGUUUUAUUAGAUUUAAGUUACAAGUUUUUUAAGGUACUACAUUUUAAGAAAGAUGUAGUGCUAUAAUUAUUUUCCACUAUCUCUUUUUGCAAAACCCGUAAUGGUCUAAGUAGUGGUUAAUUUUACAGCAAUUCCAAUUCAAUAUGUGCCAUUACUAAAACAAAUGAUAAAAUCUAACUUAUAGCAUAUUUUAAUUUGACUAAUAUGCAUUUACCAUUGAGUAAAUUUUUAUCAGUCACAAUGUUUUAGAAAUUGAAACUAAACUGUACAAAUUUAUGUCAAUAUUAAUACACAAUUGUUAACUUCAUAAUUGAUUCAUUAUAUUUUGUCAGAAAGUUGAUAUUAUUCAUGAAUAUAAAUAGUAUAAGAAAAUGGUAUGUACUGUAUUUACCUAUUCAUAUACUGUUAAAUUUUCUACAAUGUUCUCAAAUUUUAAUUUUUGACAAAAUGUAUUGCAUUUUCUAAACAUAGCAUACUAUAUUUUAUUAAUAUUUAACGAUACAUUUCACAUAAUAUCUCAGCAUUUUAAGAAAAAUUUACUUACUAACUUUGAAAUGGAGCAUGUUGCUUGAAAAAAAUAUUUUGAUGUGUCAUUUUUAAAACAAUGGCAUGAAAAUCUAAGAAUAAUGUAAAACAAAAAUUUUUUUUUUCUAAUCAUGCAUAUUUUUAUUGUAAAGUACCAAACAUUUUGUGUUCCAUCGAGUAUUUUUAUUUAAAAAUUGCUUUAAAAAAUAUUAGAAAUGUGUAAGUCAAUAAAUAAUAAUCAAUCGAAGCCAGUGCUGUGAAUUUUAUUCUUGGUAUAGCUAAUGUGUGAUGAAAAUAGAAGUUUUUUACUUCUACUUGUUAUUUGUAAAUCUAAAUUUUAUUUUUUUUACCUUUUGUUGUACUAAUUAUUUUGAUAAUUAUCUUUCCAAAGAAAUUUUUAUUGAAUUUAUUGUUUAAUUAUUGUUUAACCCAAAAUAUAUUUUAUUUUGUGAUGGUAAGCAUUAUCGUCAUUUAUGACAGUUGUUUCAAAUCAGGAAUUUUUUUUAAAAGAAAAGGUUUAAAAUGAGAAAUCCUGUACAAGUAUAAGAAAUUGAAUAUUGUUUUAUGAUGUUUAUCUCAUUUUUUUGUGAUAACUAAAACCAGUAAUUAAAUCAAGAAACACGUUUAGUGCUCUGAAGUGUGUACAAACAGAAAGUUUUGAUUGGAGUUCUUCAAUUGAAAAUUUUAUAGAAGGACUGGUUUAAUCUUGGAAUUAGGAUUGCUGUUAUUACCAAAUAAAGAAACCAUAUUUUUUAUUUCGGGAAUAUUUUAACUUAUUAGCUGAUUUCCAAUGUUGUCUUGUCUUGACCAAUAAGUUGUCUUGAACAUUUAUAGCAAACUUGAUUUCACCAUUUGUCAUUUUAACUCCUAUAUCAUAUGUAUGUGUACAGUCAAUUGAAUGAAUAAUUAUAAACUUUGUGCUGAAUAAUAAAUGAUAGAAUCCACAUUUUUACCAUACAAAAUUAGCAAAAUAUUGCAUACAUGUGCUUUAGUGUUGCCAUUUUUAGUGUGGAAAAAGUUAUGUAUGUUUAUGUAUUGUUAAAAUUAUCCAUUUCAGAAUGAAUAAAGUUAAUCGAAAAAAAAAUUAUGAAAGUAUUAUGAUUUUAAACUUUACUUUCAAAGUAAUGUUUUCAGCCUUCUACUUCAAUAAAUAUUGUAUAAUUUGUUAAAAAUGAAAUCAUUUUUUUUAAUCUUCAUGUGUAGCAUUUUAAUUAAUUUAUUACACUAAGAUAAAACUUCGUAACUUUACUUAAUUAUUUUAAUCCAGUGAUUAACCAACCCCAACCUUUUUCUUUCCCAAAGGCCGCAUAUAGUACUAAGAUCAAUCUCGCUGGGCAAGCACAUAUAAAAUUAAAAUAUAUUUACGUUUUUCUGAAUAAAAUGGCAAAACAUGGAAAAGGAAAGAAAAUUGCCAACUAAGAAUUGUUUUUAUCAAAACUACAGGUUUAUUUUAUUGAUACAAAGUUUUCAUCUGUACUUAAAAAAGUGAUUUCUAACUAUUUGGCAUCAAAUUUGCAACAAUCCUUUGUAACACCGAGUUAAGUCUACCUGUUGUUUGGGAGGUUUCAGGCUAUAUUUUUCAAUUCAUAACAUUGAACUUAACGACAUGCCACAUUGGCUUUGCAGGCCACAUCUGACCCACAGGCUUGGACAUCACUGUUUUAAACUGUACUCUUUUGAUAAUGUUUCAAACAUUGUUUUGUACACAAGUCAUUCUUAAACGUAAAAAAUGUAAUGAUUAAUGCUUUGAACUGUUGAAAAAUAAUUUUAUUGAACUGUGAACAAAAUCAAGAAUUUGAGCUUAGAAAUUUCAAUUUCUGUGGCACCAUGAGUUUGUUUUUUUUUUUUUUUUUUUUGAACAAAAUGAAACAUAUGGAUGCUUUUAAUAUUAGUUGAAAACAUUACAAUUUUAACCAUUUGAAAAGAAAAAAAAAUCUGCUUAAAAAUGCCUCUAAAAUUUUAUUUGAUCAAUUAUUAUUAUUCAUUCAUUUAAUUAUUAUAAUUACUAUUACAGAAUCGUCUCAUAUUAAUCAUAUUCUACUAUAAUAUAUUAUGUAAGAUGAUCUGGAGAAGAAAAAAGAAAAAGAAGAAGUUUCGUCUUCAUCUUUCCUCAUAGAAUAAUUGCAUGUAAAUUCAUGUUUUAGCAACGUCUUCAGCUACUGGUUUUAUGUGAAAACCAGCAAGCAGUGGAAUGAAGUUUAUUAUGUGCUCGAAUAAUUUCCUUGUUUACUUAAAAUUAUCUUCUAGCAUUUUAAUAUUAAUUAAUAUAUGUUCUAAGUUUUAUUUGAACUAUUAUGAUCUCACUGUAAUACGACAUUAUUAUAUAAAGCCCCUGAGUGAAGGUCUUCCUUGUGAAUAAUCGUUUUACUAGUCCUCUAAAAUAUUCAAUUACUAUGUAAUCUAUUCCCUUUCUUGUAAGAAAGAUUGUAAAUAUGGUUUUUAUUUUCUUGAAAGCUCACUUGUAUGGUACAAAUUUUUAAGUUUACCAUGAAUAAAUUGGUUAGUUAAUUUCUUACAUUAAAAAUGUUUGUGUGUUAACACUUGUAGUAACAUCAACUCUUCACAGUAACAAAAUGUUAUAAUAAAAUAUGAUGCAACAAGAAUUAUUUUCUUGGGGGGGGGGGAUUAUUACAAACUUUAUAUCGUUGGCUGAGGACUACAAUUACGUAACUACAACUUUGGAAAAACAGAAGGUUUACUAAAGUUGAAAUUUUUUGUUCAAAAUAGGACAUAAAUACUGCAAAUGGAGUAAGUAAUACUUGUUUCACUAUGUAUACAGAAUCAGGCAAUUUUUAAAAGUCAUUUUUAAAACUGUUACUUUCAAAUUCUGCAUAAUUUAUGAAAAAAUAGAAAAUAGUAAGUUUUGGAUCUGUUGCUUUUAGAUUAGUAAAUCAUCUUGUUUUUAAAUUUUUUAAUUGAUGCAUAUUAUUUACAGUUGACUAAAAUAAAACAUUUUGAAAUGUAGACAAAUAAAUGUAAUAUAUCGUAAUGAAAAAAAUCUAAUCAUUCAUGUAUUAUUUUUUUGGUUGUUGUGUAUAAUAAAAUGAAAGCUGCA